GGAAGCGGCGCACAGUCAGGUACCUCAGUGAUGCGGCGUUAGGCAGGUACCGCAGGCGGUCGAGUCAUGGAAACUAAGGCUUUGGCCACCGGCUUGUGAUACUGCUUGAAGCUGAGCCAACAUGAAUUGGGUUGGGGGCACCAGGAGUAGAAUACUUUAUAAACAUGAAAGAAAAAGGCAGAAGGAUUUUUUUAAAAAACAGAAGCUCAUAUCAAAAAUGGACCGGUCAGGAUCAGCCUGCAAAGAAAACUCAUCUAUCAGUUUAGACCUUCUUAACCUGUACUUUGUAAAUCAGAUAUCCAGGAAAAUGGAAUCAACCAACAAGAAGGUGUUAAACACUGAUAUAAAGAAGCCAGUAGCAUUUCCUCUUUCACAAAAUAUUGCUGAGCUGCCCAUGACACCCACUGCUGUUAAAUCUGCCAUAUGCCUUGAAGACCAUGAAGUCACUUGCCCUAAUAAGAACCGUCUUUGCAUUGACCCUGGGGACAUUUUUGAACAGAAUGAGAUCCCGGAAGUCCCCAGUCAGCUCUUAAGUAUCCUUUCAGACACUGAAAAUAUAAAUAAGUCAUCUUAUGGCUAUGAUAUCCCUGUGUCCCACCAAUGGAAUUCCACAAGCUGCUUUAGUGCAAGUUAUGGUAUGCUAUUACAUAGAAAACAAAAUGAAGAUAUGCCAAGAGAAUCCUCUAAAGACAAAGGUGGCGUUUGGCAAACAGGACAGCCAGGGAUACAAAGACAAUUUGUACAAUGUUCCCCUGAAACAAGUGAAAUGUUUAUUCCAAUUGAAAAAAGAACAAAUAUGUGUAAAUCUGAUAUGUAUGAUGUAUCUAAUUUGCUAAGCGACGUGCCACAUUCUCGUAGUAUUAGAAAGGAAAAUCAGUUGUAUGUCUGUGGAAAAAGCCAUGCCUGGUCUCAGACAGAUAGCACUCAAUAUACAGCUGAAAAACAUGAUGUCUCUGUGCAGUGUGACCUUCUACAGGAACAUAAAUGCUCUGAAUGUUCCACCGGAAAUCACUCUGUAGCAAGUAAUAGAAAACUUGCUAUUAACAUAAUUACCAUUAGGGGGCAGCAAGCUCCAUUAAAUAAGUUACUUUACAUGCCUUAGAACAGAGCUUCGUGGCAGUCAGAAACAUAGGUAUAAAGGAAAAGGCAUAUUAGUGUUUACAAUAAUACAGUCUAUAUAUUAGAUUAGAAAAUAACCCUGUUUUUUUAGAAAGGUAAGAGUUAAUGGUCCAUACAGACUGCCAUAUAAAGCUGGCGGCUUGUAUACAUGGGAAUUAUUACUAAAAUUCCCAGAAGCACAAAGCCACUUAAACAUUGGAAAGCAUAUGUGAAUCUAAAUUGAAAACAAAAAAUCUGUCAGAACUAACAAAAAUAAUCUAAAUGUGUUGCCUUCUAAAAGGACUCCUGUUGUUUUAUUAGUGUUGCAUUAAGUUAAGGUGUAAUGUCUAUUAAUAGCUGUACCUAUGGUAUGAUAGAUAGGAAAUUCUUUAGAAAAGUAUUUUCUAAAUAUUUAUGAUACACCAUUUAUGUUCAGUCAAUAAAAGGGAAAAGCCCAACCCCACAUUUUCUCCUUGUCUAAAUAGAGGAGAAUUUAAACCAUAUUAAAAAAAAAAAUAAAGUUUUGCAUUAAGUAA